ACGAAACAGAUCAUGUCGCUUAUCGACGAAAACACUAUUUUAGCUUUCAAAGCUGGCCGGUGCUUCCGCCGCGAAGGUACCAACACCGUCGAGGCUAACCCGGCAAAAGGUGCCAUCGUUCUUGAUCGCGGAGAGGACGAGCUAUUGCACUUUUAUUGGAAGAAUAGGGACACUGGAAUCACCGAUGAGGAUUUGAUACUCUUCCCGUCGGAUGCGACAUUCGUGAAAGUGUCGCAAGCAGGAGACGGCGGAAGGGUAUAUGUAUUGAAGUUCUCGAGCUCGAACCAGAGGCAUUUCUUCUGGAUGCAGGAUGCUUCUGCGGAGAAGGACGAAGAGUUUGUCUACCACUUGAACAACCUCCUCCGUCUUCCGGGAUACAUCCCUGUCUGGAACACCGCUACCCCAAGUGGUAGCUCCAGCGGUCAGCCCGAAGCUUCCACUUCGACCUCUCCUAGUGCGGGUGGUGUCGGGCAACCUACUUCUGACCAACUCGCCCAGCUCCGCUCUCUUGUCUCUCAAAUGUCCACAGGUGCCGGAGCAUCCACUGAACCAGAACUCUCCUUAACCGACGUCCUAACCCCCGCUAACCUCGCUCCUCUAUUCACCUCCCACCCAACUCUAAUCCCAACUCUCUUUCCCCACCUCCCCGCGGACCUACCCACCCCACCCUCCCCCGAGGUCCUCCGCGACAUCACAUCAAGUCCGCAAUUCAGACAAGCUGUAGUCAGCCUGGAUAGGGCACUGAGGACGGGUUUGUUGGGCGGUCUGGUGAGACAAUUGGGUUUGCCGGAGGAAGCGGGGUUGGGCGUCGAGGCAUUUUUGAGGGCCGUUGCGGAGCAGGGACGAGAGGGGGGCGGAGAGGGUGAAAGUAUGGAUACGGAUUGAGAGUCUAGUGGCUACAUAUAACGUAUUGGCGUGGGUUGAGCGUUGAGCGUCUGCACGUUGAUUUCGAUAUUGAUGUACGAUGUAACCGUGGCUGCGGCGUACUGUAAGUCGGAUUUCAAAAACUUGUAGUCCAAGCUACUCUGUGUUUCGAAUUCUCCGUCAUCUUGAAUAAACUUCCCAGAUAUGGAGGCGAUGCACAAUCUGAUGCAUGCAUUCCGUCAUGA